GUGACACCGGAUCAACCGGUGGACGACGACGAUCAUCUGGGCUCGCGAGGCCUCCGCCGGUUGGCCUGGCAACAGCGGAGUCACGUGACGCGACCGGAAGAGAGAAGAGCAGCAGCGAUGGAGAGAAGCUGAGGAAGGGAUCCGCUCUGCAGUGGCUCCAUCUUUUACCCAGGGUGCUUGUGGAAUGGCAGCAGUCUGGCAGCAAGUGUUGGCAGUGGACGCAAGGUACAAUGCUUACCGCACGCCCACGUUCCCACAGUUCCGAACUCAGUACAUCCGCCGACGCAGCCAGCUGCUCAGGGAGAACGCCAAGUGUGGCUUUGAGCCAGGGCUGCGCAGGCAGUACCUGAGGCUGCGCAGUCAGCUGCUGGCCCUGCGCUACGGGCCGCUGUCCGAGCAGAGCAGCUUCAGGGCCAGCAGUGUGCGCAGCUCCCGCACCACACUGGACCGCAUGGAGGACUUUGAGGAGGACCCUCGCGCCCAAGGGGCUCGUGGUCACCGCCGGUCCGUCAGCAGAGGCUCGUACCAGCUGCAGGCCCAGAUGAACCGAGCCGGCGUCUAUGACGAGAGGCCUCCGGGCAGUCUGGUGCCGACCUCGGUGGCGGAGGCGAGCCGGGCCAUGGCGGGCGACACGACUCUGAGUGAAAACUACGCCUUUGCUGGGAUGCACCACAUCUUUGACCAACACGUGGACUCUGCUGUUCCACGGCUGCAGUUCGCCAAUGACGACAAGCAUCUGCUCGCCUGCUGCUCGCUGGACGGCAGCCUGUCCAUCAUGACGCUGUCCCCGCCUCCUGCCAGCGUGAAGGUGACGCUGAAAGGUCACGGAGGUCCCGUCACAGAUUUCGCUUGGUCUCUGAGUAACGACAUCAUCGUGUCGACGUCACUGGACGGAACUCUGCGCAUCUGGAACACGGAGGACGGUCGCUGCAUCCGAGAGGUCAGAGACCCGGAGUCCAGCGAACUGCUCUGCUGCACCUUCCAGCCGAUGAACAACAACCUGACUGUGGUGGGAAACAGCAAACACCACCUGCAGGUGGUGAACAUCUCCACGGGGAAGAAGGUGAAGGGCGGCAGCAGCAAGCUGACGGGCCGCGUGCUGUCGCUCUCCUUCGACGCUCCGGGCCGGAUCCUCUGGGCCGGAGACGACCGGGGCAGCAUCUUCUCCUUCCUCUUCGACAUGGCCACAGGGAAGCUGACCAAAGCCAAGCGCCUGGUGGUGAACGACGGCAGCUCCAUCUGCAGCAUCUCUGCUCGCUCCUGGAUUAGCCGCGAGGCCCGAGACCCCUCGCUGCUGGUCAACGCAUGCGUCAAUAAGCUGCUGCUGUACAGGGUGGUGGACAACGAGGGAACGCUGCAGCUGAAGAGAAGCUUCCCGAUCCAACAUGGCUCGCAGCACGUCCACAGCAUCUUCUGCCCCCUCAUGUCGUUCCGUCAGGGCGCCUGCGUGGUGACCGGCAGCGAGGACGCAUGUGUCUACUUCUUCGACGUGGAGCGAAACACCAAGGCGAUCGUGAACAAGCUGCAGGGCCACGGCGGCCCGGUGCUCGACGUCAGCUUCAACUGCGACGAGAGUCUGCUGGCGUCCGCCGACGCCACCGGCAUGGUCAUCAUCUGGAGGCGGGAGCAAAAGUGACUUUGGUCGACCAAUGAAAUGCUUCCAUCUGCUGCUGCUCCUUUAACCGUCCAAUCACGAGUCUGUAGAGCUUCACUGGAAUGUAACGGGCGUUUUUAAUUUAAUGAUUCUCAAAGUGCAAUCAGAUAGAAAAUAAAUCAUGGUGUGUGUUUGUGUGUGUGUGUGUGUGUGUGUGUCAACAAAGGAAGAAGAAGCAUUAUUCCGAUGCAUGUGUCAUGGCUUCCUUCCUCCGACUGGAUUCAUAAUCUUCCUGAGGAACGAGCCCGCAGCUCACUGACAGUUUCCCCAGAUCUACUGUACUUUACUGUACUUCUCUGUUUAUGUAAAUCAAGUGUUGUAAAAAAAAAAAAACGCCUUAUUUGCUUUUUCCAUUCUGCAACUGCCUGUUUGCAUUUUGAACACGUGCAUGAUAUUAAACUCAGAUUCGGUCGUAGGCAAAUCAAAUUGAUCCCAACAAAAAUAAAUCUGUGUUUAUAAGUGUGUUUGUACAUGUGGGUGUGUUGGCUCCAGAUUCAUAUAAGUUAUUUAACACAGAAUAAACUACUGUGACUGUC